AUGAAGCUGCGGCGCGCUUUCCUCCUUUUGGCCCUCCUCGCGGCCAUUUUCAUCGCACGGGCCGAGGAAGAAAAGAAAACCGAAGAAAGUGCCGAAGAUCAGACCGAGGAGGAAGAAGAGGGAGAGGAGGAGAAGACAGAGAAAACAGACGAAAUAACCGAAGAGAAAGAUGUCAUGGUUCUCCACAUUAAGAACUUUGAUAGGGCACUCAGAGAGAAUAAAUACCUGUUGGUGGAAUUCUACGCGCCAUGGUGUGGUCACUGUCGCUCGCUGGAGCCGGUGUAUGCUGAGGUGGCAUCACAGCUGAAGAAUGAAUCUUCUCCGGUUCGACUGGCUAAAGUGGACGCAACGGAAGAGAAAGAACUUGCUGAGGAAUUUGAAGUCACAGGCUUUCCAACUCUCAAGUUUUUCACUGACGGCAAACGACAAAAUGCCACAGAAUUUACAGGAAAGCGGGGUAAGAAAGACAUCCUACAGUGGUUGGAGCGGCACGUGGGGCCCAGUGCUACACUUUUGGAGAACGUAAAGGACACGCAGAAGCUGCUUGACGCCCAUGAUGUAGUUGCUGUUGGGUUCUUCAAGAGUUUGGAUGCAGAGGAGGUGAAGAUGUUUUAUGAAGUGGCGUUAAAUAUGCUUAACAUCAAUUUUGGCAUCACAACCAACCCAGAGCUUUUCAAGGAGUACAAAGUGGAGAAGAACACUGUUGUGCUCUUCAAAAAGUUUGAUGAAAAGAGAGUGGAUAUGGUUCUUCCUGAAGAUGAAAAGUUGGACAGAGAUGAUCUGGUGCUCUUCAUCCAUAAGAAUAGUCUCGAGCUUGUCAUUGAAUUCACUGAAGAGAAUGCUGACAAAAUUUUUAAGGCUAAGGUCCUUAACCACCUCCUCCUGUUUAUCAACACUACAGUGGAAUCUCACAAGGCCCUGCUGGACGAUUACAGAUCUGCAGCCACGGAUUUUAAGGGCAAAGUGCUGUUCAUUACAAUCGAUGUGGCAGGAUCAGUGUCCCAUGUGCUCAACUAUUUCGGCCUUAAGGAGAGUGAUGCUCCAACAGUCAGACUCAUCAACACGGAAACUGUCAAGAAAUAUGCCAUGGAGGGCAAAGAGAUCACCAAGGAAACGCUCCAGGCCUUCUGUACAGGUGUACUGGGCGGCACCAUUAAGCCUCACUGGAAGACCCAAGAGAUCCCAGAGGACUGGGAUAAGAAUCCUGUCAAAGUGCUUGUGGGGAAAAAUUUCGAGGAAGUCGUUUUUGAUGAGACUAAGAAUGUCUUUGUGGAAUUCUAUGCCCCAUGGUGUGGUCACUGUAAGGAACUGGCUCCUAUAUGGACAGAGUUGGGAGAGAAAUACAAAGACCAUGAGAAUAUUAUCAUAGCUCAGAUGGAUGCCACAGCCAAUGAGGUGGAAUCUGUCAGCAUACAGGGGUUUCCCACCCUGAAAUACUUCCCUGCAGGAUCGGAGAGGAAGGUUGUAGAUUACUCUGGGAAUAGAGAUCUAGAAACUUUCUCCAAGUUUCUUGAUAAUGGAGGAGUACUGCCAGAGGAGGAGGAGGAGGAGGAGGAGGAUGAUGAUGACGAUGAAAAGGACAGUGAAGUGUCAGAGGAAUCAACUGAAGAGACAUCAAAAUCUACUAAUGAUACAGGCAAGGAUGAGCUGUAA